AUGCCUCCCCGCAUCCCCUCCGAAGCAGACUUCCACCCCCUAACCACCCUCCUCCCCCACGCCCUGCACUUCCCCUCCCCCCGCGAGGCAACAACCUCCAUCCUCAUCCUCCUCCACGGCCUCGGCGACAACGAAGCCCCCUUUGCCGCCUUUGCGCGCAACAUGUCCCUCCCGGGCGUCCUCGCCAUCUCCGUCCGCGGCACCGCGCGCCUUCCCGCCGGCAUCCUUGAUUCCGGAGGACAUUCUUCUUCUUCUUCUUCUUCUCCUUCUUCUUUUCACUGGGGGGAUGACUUGAGCGUCGACUCAGACACGGGCGACUUGCAUCCCGAUCCGGGCUUUGACAAGGCAGCGGGCCUCAUCAUGAAUAAGCUCGUCAAGGAGGUCCUGCUCGACAAGUGCGGUUGGGAGAUGAAUGACAUUCUGCUGUUUGGAUUCGGACAGGGAGGAUCGCUUGCGCUGGGCCUUGCCUCUCGCCUCCGCACCAUAGAGCGCAUCAUUGACAUUUCAUCCUCCUCCUCCUCCUCCUCCUCCGACGGGACUGAUGGGCAAAAGAAUAGGGAAAAGGAAAAGGAAAAGGAGCUCGGAAAGUCGUUCAAGGGCGUCGUCUCCAUCGGCGGGCCCCUCCCGCAGUCCAUGGUGCCCUCGCUGAGCAGCCGCGACAAGAGCAAGACGCCUGUGCUCGUGUGUCAGUUGGACGACGACGAGGCGGAUGCCGUAAAGCGCGAGUUUGCAGAUGUGAGGGUCGUCAGGUGGAGGAGGAGGGAGGUGGCUAUGCCGAGGGACAGGGAGGAGAUGUUCCCCAUCAUGAAGUUCAUUGCGGACCAGCUGAAUAAGGGCUUUACAUAG